CACGAAUCCAAAUAUCAAAGGUACCUCAACAGGAGUGAGAGGGGUUAAUGGCUUGCGUACGAGGUACCUAGGUAAUAAUGUACCUACUUAGAUUGUGGGGCCGAUCUAACUACCAGAGAAUAUGCGCCAAGAAAUCGUCAACCGAUAAGAUAAUAGUACCUGGAACUUUCUUUCCCUUUAAUCGCAGCUUCCAGUUUGCGAUUGGUUUUAUUCAGUCGAACAACUUUGUAACCAAAUCGCCUCAAUUCGCUCCACCUCCCUUCCAUCCUUUCGAAGAGAACCUUCAAUUUCAUUACAACGAAAGUGCUUCCAACUGGCCCCAAAUGGCCAAGGAGCGCGCGGACAAGCCCCGCAAGAAGAAGAAGAAGGCUGAAAGAGCAGGAAAAUCUGAGAAGAUCUCGAGAGACAAAGUGAAGAAGCAUAAGAAGAAAAGAAAGCCUAGACAGGAUGAUGAUAUUGAGAUGAUCGACGGUUGGGACGAGCCUAGCAAGUUAGACGAUUCUCUCUCGGCCGAGACAACUUUUCACCCCGCGGCCAAGUCUAAACGGCCGAAGAAGUUCGUAAGGGGGGAAAGGGAGAAGGGGCCAGAGAGAUCUCCUACCGAGCAGGAAAAGAAUGCGAUAUUGGCUAAUACGAUAAGUUUGCCUUUGCGACUAGCUAUGAGAAAACCAGAUGACGAUGGUGGAGCUCCUCUCCCCUUCGCGAUCGACACCAAUCCUACCCCUGUCAACGUCGACUCUCUCACAACGGUCGGGAUCACAAACGACGAGGAAAACCUUGAGCGCAACGCUCACCAAGCCGGUCCCAAGGCACCCAACAGAAAAGUCCGUCGACAGGCGCGCUUGUUGGAGGAGAAACGCGAGAGGAUCCGACGCGAGCUCGGCAUACCGGAAGGCUCCUCCGAGAAACAGGACCUAGUAGAAGCAAAGAUAGCUGCGUGGGUCACCCAUCUCGAAGUUAGGGCGUCAGUUCGCUUGAGAAAGAAAGGCCAACGCAAUGAGAAGGGAAAGAAAAAGCACAAAAGAGCUAGAACGAGCAAGUAUAAGGGGGGAACGAUGAAAGUCAAGGUGGGCGGUGUUUCCGCUGCUAGCCAGGAAUGAUUACCCGGAUCCCUUCUUCACCUUACUCAUUGCAUGGCCUUUUCCCGGGACGGUUCUCACGGCGUUGGUGGUGUGGUCAUGGAAAAAGUUUCCCUCUUUGGCAUGGUGUACUGGUUUCUCCUAGAUAUCCUGUACUAGGUAGACAGAGAGGGUGUUUGCUAAGGCUAUGAUGUACACUAGAGCAUUCACGAAAUGUAAAAUUUCCGGCU